AUGGCGCUGGCACCGCUGCUGCUGCCGCUGCUGCUCGCGGCCACUCGCGCGACCCAACAGGAGAUCGCUGCAAAACCACAGCACAAUGUGGGAGGAGGGGAACGCGGUCUGCUGAGUUUGCUGCUGUCUGCCGGAGCAGUAAGGCCGAGUAACAGGCUCUGCGGGAACUGCCUGUGCGGCCGGCCCAACCGCCCAGCCAGCCGGCUGUCCGGAGGUGUGCCGCUGUCGCCAUCGGAGAUGCCGUGGCUGGCGCUGGUCUACGCCGGCGAGGACAACGUCACCACCGGCUCGCUCAUCAACAACAGAUACGUGCUCACCGCCGCCGCGCCGGUACAGGGGUACACGGCGCAGGACGUGAAGGUGUCGCUGGGCGCGGAGAACGUGUGCACGGGCGACGUGAGCACGGUGAACGCCAGCGUCUCCGAAGUGCUGGUCCACCCGCAGUACGACCCCGACUCCAUGGCCUCGGACCUGGCGCUGCUGCGCCUCACCACGCCCGUCGUCUUCUCCUCCCGCAUCAGCCCCGUCUGCCUGCCGCCCACGGACCGGUCGACGUACCUGGGACAGGUGUCGACGGCGGCGUCUUGGUCGGCCGAGGAAGCGACCAGUGCCAACGCGACGGCGGUGAACGGAACUGCGGGCAAUGCGACGGCGGCGGCGACGGCGGGCAGCGCGUGCAGGGCGCGCAAGCUGCCGCUGCCCGUGCUGCAGCAGCGAGACUGCUUCCUCAGCAACGUCAGCGCGCGCCUCGUCACCGAAGACAAGGGCUGCGCGGGAACUCCGGGCACCGCCGCGCUACUCUGCCCGGGAGACGCUGGGGGGCCGCUUCUGUUUCGCACCUUGCAAGGAGUCUACCAACAGAUUGGUGUCCUGGCGUCGGCUAACGAGUGUGGUGAGAACAUCAACGGGCCAUCUUUGUAUACCCGUGUGGCGCCGUAUCUGCGAUGGAUAUUUGCCAACACGAGGGACGCUUGUCUCUGCUCCGCUUAGUCCACUUAGCUGUGACACCGCGCAGAACUGGAAUGGUGUUACGGCUUCGAUAGACAUCUGCAAAUUUUUGACUCGUAGCAAGUGGGUCUGAUGGUGCACACGGAGGCACGGUUUUGCGUCUGAUACCCGGAGACUGCACAAGUUGCCAAAGAUACUUAGGUUAACAUUACGAAAUGGUGUGUUGAUCACACUGCGUUAAGGAUAAAUUUAUAACUGAAAGUCGAGUCGUCAGUGCAGUUCCUUAUGCUUACGAGUGUGUAGUCGUUCAAAGUAUUUAAAUUCUGCUUUCCUUCAGCGAUGUGCAACUGUAGCUGUUGUGGAGAGAGACUGGUUUGCAGAAUGUACAGGUAGUUCAUUAAGGAACAGCGUUUUUAUGCAAUUUUUAUAUGAUUAAGAAACUCAAGCAUGCUGCAACUGAAACCUCAUUAUAGUCAAUUCACAAGAAAAAAAAAACAAUUAAACCUCUUAUGAAACCGUGUAGCAAAUCUGUAUAAAACGCCCAAGGCUGAGAAUGUUAGUAAGGACCAUAUCUGACUAGAAAAUUAACGAAGAAAGCGAAAUACACACUGAGCCUGGAAACUAUUGCUUAAAAUUUGAGACAAUGUUUGGUGCACAAUAAUGAACACCAGGUGUUCUUAAGGUAAGUAGCGGAGGUGAGCACCGGUUUGGUCUCGUUUACAAGGACAGCUCACUAACUCGUCGUAUGGAAACCCGAAAAUUAAAAAGGAUCUGUCCAGCAGCAAAAACAAACAAGAAUUGUAGCCAUUUUUCAAAGUGAUUCCUAAUA